CACCAGCGCAUUCACACAGGAGAGAAGCCAUAUCACUGUUCAGAGUGUGGGAAGAAUUUUAUUAAGCAGAGUCAUCUCCAACAACACCAGCGUAUUCACACAGGAGAGAAGCCAUAUCACUGCUCAGAGUGUGAAAAGAGUUUUACUAUGCAGGGUAAUCUCAAACAACACCAGCGCAUUCACACAGGAGAGAAGCCAUAUCACUGUUCAGAGUGUGGGAAGAAUUUUAUUAAGCAGAGUCAUCUCCAACAACACCAGCGUAUUCACACAGGAGAGAAGCCAUAUCACUGCUCAGAGUGUGGGAUGAGUUUUACUACGCAGGGUAAUCUCAAACAACACCAGCGCAUUCACACAGGAGAGAAGCCAUAUCACUGCUCAGAGUGUGGGAUGAGUUUUACUACGCAGGGUAAUCUCAAACAACACCAGCGCAUUCACACAGAAGAAAAGCCAUAUCACUGCUUAGAGUGUGGAAGCAGUUUCUCUUAUCAGAAUACGCUUCAAAAACACCAGCGCAUUCACACAGAAGAGAAGCCAUAUCACUGCUCAGUGUGUGGAAAAAGUUUUACUCAACAGGGUCACCUUCAAAAUCACCAGCGUCGUAUUCACACAGGAGAGAAACCGUAUAACUGCACUGAGUGUGGAAAGAGUUUUACUCAAAGUAGUGCCCUUAAAGUACACCAGCGUAUUCACACAGGAGAGAAACCCUAUCACUGCUCAGAGUGUGGAAACAGUUUUGCUGAACAUGGUACCCUUCAAAAACACCAGCGUAUUCACACAGGA